UGGUGCCUCCAACAUGGUUUUGUCAUUCCCAUAUAUCUCCUUCGCCCCUCAUCUAUAGUCAUGUCCCUGCGGCUCCGGCAGCUACAAGAGGAUGACAGCAAUGUCGCACUCAACAUUGCGCUGUUGUCUGUGAUCGGCGUCAUCGCGGUCGUGAUCGCGUUCCUGUACUGCCGAUCCAGGGUCGCGCGACAGAACGGCCGUCGUCGGAAAGGAGGUGGCCACCGCAACUUCAUGGACGCGGACCAACGAACAAUCCAUCUGCCCCUGCACCAUCGCCCUGCGCCGUCGCUUGCGUUGCCUCGUGGCGAAAGCGACAUCUACAUCAUGCGCAGCAGCGACGGCGGCACCGAGUACGAACACCCAAGUCGGUCCAAGCAGCAACAGAACGGGUUCCUGCCCUUCAAACUCGACCACAUGCUCCUUAAAGCCAAGGUGGACUACGCGGACAUCCAUUAUACUCGCAAACUCAGCAAAGGCGCGUUCGGCGAGGUGUGGCUCGGUCAGUGCCACGGGAAUUACGUCGCCAUCAAGCAGAUUCUCGAGGAGCGCAAGCAUGACGCCAAGGAGAUCGAGUGCUUCGUGGCCGAGAUUAGACUCAUGGCGACAUUCAAGCACCCGAACAUUGUCGACUUUCGAGGGUUCUCAUGGAAUCCCAAGAACGGCAACAUGUGCGCGUUGACCGAGUACAUGAAGCACGGCGAUUUGUUCGUGUACUUGCAGCGAAACAAGGCGGGGUUGGCGUGGAAGCAUGAAAAGGUCGGCAUCGCCAUCGACAUUGCGCAAGCGCUGGUGUACCUCCAUUCCCUCAGCCCCAAGGUCAUUCAUCGUGAUCUCAAGUCCAAGAACGUGCUGCUCGACGACAACUUUACCGCCAAGCUGAGCGACUUUGGCAUUUCGCGCCUGCGUCAACUCGAAGAAACCAUGACCGCGGGCGUCGGCACGGCGCUGUGGGCCGCUCCAGAGGUAUUUCUCGCGAAAAAGUACAACGACCGCGCGGACGUGUACUCGCUCGGCGUGGUGCUGUCGGAACUGGACACGUGUGCGAUCCCGUAUGCUGACCAAGCGAUCGGCAAGAACGGCAAGCUCGACGGCAUGGCCGUGAUCAAGCUCGUGACUCAGCAGAAGGCCAAGCCGACGUUCUCGAGGUCGUGUCCGGAGGAAGUGCGGGCGCUGGCGUUCCGAUGCUUGGACUACGAGCCGGACAACCGUCCCUCGGCGGCCGAAGUCGUCGAAAUUCUCAAAAACCACGUGCGGCCAGCACUUGAUAGACCGUCGUUUUGA